UGACGAGGUGGCUCACACGGCGCGAUUCCCCCCGCGCCGCGACCCAAACCGAAGCCCCCCCACACGAACGCCACCAGCACGAGACGAUACAGACGAGACCAGCAGCUCCAUCUCCAGAAUUCGUGUGCCUUCUCCCACCACUACGCGGCUCCCGAGGCGACGAAUUGGGCCUCUCCUCCUUCUCCCCUUCCGGUCGGCGCCGCUACGUCGAUAUUGGAAGGGGCUCUGACAACUCGAACACCGACUUAAGUUGCAUGGGGAGAGGAUGCCAGAACUGCGCAGCAGUACUCCCCAAGCACGUCUGAGGUUCAGGAAGCUUGAUGAUCAACAAGCAGAGCCGGCUGUGAAACCGGUGCCACCUGCUCCACAGAGAGCAGGGAAGAGCGUUCAUAUACCUGCUGCCAGGGGCAGAAAGGGUGCUCCUUGGAGAAGAGUGGUGCCGGCACCAAGACGUGCAAGAAAGGGGGCGGAAGUUGUUGACUUGGAUGCUAACCUGGGUUCUGAACACCUCCCUAAAGCUGUUGCCAUACAUGCAGUUGUUUGUGAAUCCAAGGACCCUGCUUUGAACAAGGUUGUUCAGUGUGUCGGCAAUAAAGGUUUGAGAAUGGAUGGUGAAAGUGCUGAAAAGCUUGUCGGCGCUGAAGACGAUUCAAGAAUAGCACCAAUCCCGGAGAGGGUUCACGUAGGUAAUUCUCCUGUGUAUAUAACUGACAGGAAACUAGGUAAAGGUGGCUUUGGUCAAGUGUAUGUUGGUAGAAGGGUAUCUGGUGGGACUGCCCGCACUGGUCCUGAUGCAUAUGAGGUUGCAUUGAAGUUUGAGCACCGGAGUAGUAAAGGGUGCAAUUUUGCACCCCCAUAUGAGUGGCAAGUUUAUCAGACUCUCAACGGCUGCUAUGGUGUACCGGCAGUCCACUAUAAGGGCCGGCAGGGCGACUACUAUAUCCUUGUAAUGGAUAUCCUUGGUCCCAGUCUUUGGGAUGUAUGGAAUUCGCUGGGACAAGAGAUGUCUCCACAUAUGGCUGCUUGCAUUGCUGUAGAAGCCAUAUCAAUUCUUGAGAAGUUUCAUUCCAAAGGGUUUGUUCAUGGUGAUGUGAAACCAGAGAACUUUCUGCUUGGUCUGCCUGGAUCACCUGAGGAGAAGAAGCUUUUCCUUAUUGAUCUUGGUUUAGCAUCAAAGUGGAGAGAUUCGUCAGGUCAACAUGUUGAUUAUGAUCAAAGGGGGACAAUUAGAUAUGCAAGUGCUCAUGCUCAUCUAGGUCGUACAGGUAGUAGGAGGGAUGAUUUAGAGUCAUUGGCAUACACCCUUAUAUUUUUGAUAAAAGGAAGAUUGCCUUGGCAAGGCUACCAGGGAGAUACCAAGAGUUUCCUUGUUUGCAAGAAAAAAAUGGUUACCUCUCCGGAUAUGCUAUGCAGUUUCUGCCCACCUCCGUUCAAACAGUUUCUUGAGUCUGUCACAAAUAUGAAAUUUGAUGAAGAGCCAAAUUACGCCAAACUUAUUUCUCUCUUUGAAAGUUUGAUUGAAUCACCUGCAUCAAGGCCCAUCAGAAUUGAUGGGGCCCUUAAGGUGGGGCAAAAACGUGGAAGGCUACUUGUAAAUCAUGAAGAAGAUGAUCAGCCUAAGAAAGUUAGAUUAGGGAGCCCAGCAUCACAGUGGAUUUCAGUUUACAAUGCCAGGCGCCCUAUGAAGCAGCGGUAUCAUUACAAUGUGGCUGACAACAGGCUUCAACAGCAUAUAGAAAAGGGUAAUGAGGAUGGUCUAUACAUCAGUUGUCUGGCUUCUUCAGCAAACCAUGGCCGUAUGGUGCUUCUCUCCGGGAUGGAGUAGUAGAUUACAUGGCCGUAUGGAUAAAUGGGCCAAGAAUCUGUACAUUGCUUCGAUCUGCUAUGGGAGAACUGUCAGUUGACCAACGUAACUUCAAGCCCAAGGGAGGGACGUUUAGUACUUUGGCAAAUGAGCAUCAGUUGAUGUGAGAUACAAGAGAAUUGCCAUGAUAGGAUUCAAAAGCAGAAGUUGAUGUGAUGGUUAACUCGACCUAAUUGUAAAACCGAAUGCAUGUUGUGGACCUUCUCCAUAAGAAGCUAACAUAAUCCACACGAAAUUUGCAUUUAUAGUUUGAUUAGUUUCA